CAUCGCACGCCUGUUUUGACAUCUAGGUUUAUAAACGAUUUAUCCGGCGCUGAGCUUUUCUUUAAGUGCGAAAACCUGCAAAAAGCAGGGGCUUUUAAAGCCCGUGGUGCAUCAAACGCUGUGUUUGGCCUGAACGAUGAACAAGCCGCGCGCGGUGUUGCUACUCACUCGUCGGGCAACCAUGGUACCUGUCUAUCAUAUGCAGCCGGGCGUCGCGGUAUUGCGUGUACUGUGGUGAUGCCUCACACCGCGCCACAAGCAAAAAAGGACGCGGUACGCGGUUACGGAGGCCGCGUUGUGGAAUGCGAGCCUUCAACGACUUCACGCGAGGCG